GUGAAGGGGCUCCGAACGUGUGUCCAUGCGUGCAGGAGUCAGCAGUGGGAGGAUCCACUCAGCCUCAGCCUCGUUCUCAGACUUUCUCCGAGGCGACAGGGAUCCGAGGGACUCAGCUUCCCAACAUACUUCUCCAAGAGUUAUAGCGCCGGGACAUCUCAUACCCCCCCAAUCUUUGGAUUUUGCUGUCAUAUUUUCGGGGUAUCGCGAUCAAGCCGAGCUACUUUCCAGAGGAUCUCCGCGUAUAGUGCGACACAAGUUACCCAACAAGGCGAAACACGCAAAGCUCUUCAAGUCUCAUAGCAGGUGACUGUCGAGAGGUUGUUUUUGAUUGAAUGUGCCAUUUACGCAACUGCUCUUCUCUGACACCCAACGGAAUCUAUUGGUCCGGCGUGAAGCCUGCACAGUUUCAUUCGGACUCUUCUUCAUUUCCCUGCUCAGUUGGUUAGUUUCAACAGGUUUAUCCACCGAGAGCGGUCACUCAUUUCUUCAGUUGAUUGCGGGAGUUCCAGGGCUUAGGGAGGGAAGUGUGACCCUGUACUUAUGGAUAUUGAAACAGGUAUCCUGUCGGGACGUCAUUCCGCGGAGAAACAAUUCAACAGCUACAUCAUGUUGGACGGCAUUAUGGAAGAUCACCCGCUGCCUCGCUCGGGACAGGCCACGCUCGGGGUCAUGCUCGGGACCGACUGCCCGCACCCCUCGGUGUGUGAGGGGUGCCAGCGGCCCAUCUCCGACCGCUUCCUGAUGAGGGUCAACGACUCCUCGUGGCACGAAGAGUGUUUGCAGUGCACCGUGUGUCAGCAGCCCCUGACCACCAGCUGCUACUUCAGGGAACGGAAACUUUACUGCAAGCACGACUACCAACAGUUGUUUGCGACCAAGUGCAGCGGGUGCAUGGAGAAGAUCGCGCCCACAGAGUUUGUGAUGCGCGCGCUGGAGUGCGUCUACCACCUCAACUGCUUCUGUUGCUGCGUGUGUGACCGGCAGCUGAGGAAGGGCGACGAGUUUGUGCUGAAGGAGGGCCAGCUGCUCUGCAAGGUCGACUACGAGCGGGAGAAGGACCUGCUGAGCUCCGUCAGCCCCGAUGACUCAGACUCAGAGAAAAGCGAUGACGAGGAGCUGGACAUCAAGCCGGAGAAAGGCGUAGGGGGUCAAGGGAAGGGCGACGAUAGCAAAGACCCCCGCAGACCCAAGAGACCCCGCACCAUCUUAACCACCCAGCAGAGGCGGGCUUUCAAAGCCUCCUUUGAGGUCUCCUCCAAGCCCUGCAGAAAGGUGAGGGAGACGCUGGCAGCGGAGACAGGGCUGAGCGUCCGGGUGGUGCAGGUCUGGUUCCAGAACCAGCGGGCCAAGAUGAAGAAGUUGGCCAGAAGACAGCAGCAACAACAAGAACAACAGAACUCUCAGAGACUCGGUCAAGAAGUGAUGUCCAAUAGGAUGGAGGGCAUGAUGAGCUCCUUCACACCCCUGGCACCACCGCAGCAGCAGCUGGUGUCCAUGGAUCAGAACGGCUACAGCACAGACCCCUUCCAACAGGGGCUCACCCCCCCACAGAUGCCCGGAGACCACAUGAACCCAUAUGGAAACGACUCUGUAUUCCAUGACAUAGACAGUGACACUUCUUUAACCAGCCUCAGUGACUGCUUCAUGGCCUCGUCGGACAUCAACUCCAUGCAGGCCCGCGUUGGGAACCCCAUCGACCGGCUGUACUCCAUGCAGAACUCAUACUUUGCGUCAUGAACGCGUGGAGCAAAACGCAACACCAGCACCCAACGGAAACGGAAGCCCAUUUUCAACACAACGCCCUGAGAACCGGAGGAGGUUUCUUCACUGAUACCGACAUAGAAGAAGAGACCAGGUCUUGUUGUAGUAUCACCUGGUUAUGCGCUGAGGGGUUCAAACAUAGCUAAAUAAAAUGUAAAUAACCUGCAGUACUAGACCGGCGGGGAUCCCAGGGGACACUGAAAAAAGUAUUGUUGUCAAGACGACUCGCUCGGAUCGGAGAUCUCACCAGGAUAUUACUCCCUUCUUCUUCGUUGGUCAUCUGGAGGAAGCGGCGAGUACAUAUAUAGAGCCUCUAAAUACACAGUCUGAAACCAAAUAACAGUGUUCACACAGUGCAUGAUCAAUUGUAAAGACUAAAACCUUUUGUAGCCCUCCCCCACCCCCGGUUGAGUCGUGGUGUUCGGACCGUUUUCUUCUCUACACUACGUGGCGCUCCAUGUUCAGCAUUAGCAUUUUGAUCACUUCCAUAGGUUAGAUAUUGUGGUAAUAGUAACUAGGUGCAGCAUGUCUGCAAGACUGUACAUUUGUGUGUGUAUGAGAGAGUUUGUGUCCGGCCGAAAUUUGUUUAGAGGAGAUAAAAAAAAAUGUAAGUGUGUAGGAUCAGUGAUGUGUAAAUAGUUCCCCAGGUGAAUUGGAUGUGCAUGUUACAAAUGGAAAACAUUCUAUUUAUUUAACUUUAACAGGCUCUUGAAGGUACAUAUUAAAACUGAAAAGCUUUAUUUAAAAAAAGGAGAAACAUUUUUGUUGAGCAGUUAGUUCAUAUCGCAAAACUCAUCCGUACGCCUUUUGAAUAUGAAGAUGUUUUUUUUAUUUUCAGCCAAGCUGUAAAUGAGCGACAUGCUAUUUAUUUCGUACAGAGCAGAAACCUUUUCAUUGUCAUUGUCAUAUGUGCAUUCUCAAAAUGUUAAAUGUUUGCUAAAUGACCAAAGUUGAUUGGUUUGAUAAUUAAACAAUGUCUUUCUCCUGAUGAUAACAUUCAAUAAACACCAUUCAGUGAC